CCUUGUGAAGCAGAGCUUCAAGAACUGAUGGAACAAAUUGACAUCAUGGUGAGCAACAAGAAGUUGGACUGGGAAAGAAAGAUGCGGGCUUUAGAGACACGGUUAGACCUUCGGGAUCAAGAGUUGGCCAACGCACAGACUUGCUUGGACCAGAAAGGACAGGAGGUGGGGUUACUUCGACAGAAGCUGGAUAGUCUAGAAAAAUGUAAUUUAGUGAUGACUCAGAACUAUGAAGGACAGCUACAGACCCUAAAAGCUCAGUUUUCCAAGCUAACCAAUAACUUUGAGAAACUGAGACUACACCAGAUGAAGCAAAGCCAAGUUCACCGAAAGGAAGCCCCCAGCAAAGAAGAAAUACCCUUUGAGCUGAGCAGUUUGAACCAGAAGUUAGAGGAGUUUAGAGCAAAGUCAAGGGAAUGGGACAAAAAAGAGAUCCUCUACCAGACCCACCUGGUGUCUUUGGAUGCUCAACAAAAAUUACUAUCUGAAAAAUGUAAUCAGUUUCAGAAACAGGCACAGAAUUACCAAACACAGCUAAACGGUAAGCAAUGCCCAGAGGACAGCAGCCCUGAGAUCCCUCGCCUGGUGUGUGAAUCAGAUCCUGGCUGUGAAGCCAGCCAAAGAGAUGAGUUCAUUAUUGAAAAGUUAAAGUCAGCCGUGAGUGAAAUAGCACUGAGCAGGAACAAGUUACAGGAUGAAAACCAGAAGCUUCUGCAAGAACUAAAGAUGUACCAAAGGCAGUGCCAGGCCAUGGAAGCAGGACUGUCAGAGGUGAAGAAUGAGUUACAGUCACGUGAUGACCUCCUGAGGAUCAUAGAAAUGGAAAGACUGCACUUGCAUAGGGAGCUGUUGAAAAUGGGAGAAUGCCAGACUACUCAAGACAACAGGAAAAGACUUGAAUCGUUAUGUUCCCCUUCUACUAAAGAACCAGAAAGGAAAAAGAAAGAGUUGUUUUCAAUGGUCUCAGAUCAACCAAAUCAUGAAAAAGAAUUAAACAAGAUGAGAAACCAGCUCUAUCAGGAGGAAGACCGAAGCUCCGAACAGGAACGCAUGAGGAAUGAGAUCUCCGACCUCACCCAGGAACUUCACCAGAAAGAGAUCACUAUAGCAACUGUCAUGAAGAAAGCUGCCCUUCUGGAAAGACAGCUAAAGAUAGAAUUAGAAAUAAAAGAAAAAAUGUUAACAAAGCAACAGGUCUCGGAUAUGAGAUACAAAGCUGUCCGAACAGAAAACACACACCUGAAAGGAAUGAUGGGAGACUUGGACCCUGCACGGUACUUGAAUGUGGACUUCACUGACAAGGCGCAUUCACGGUACACAUCAAUUAACAAACUGGAAUAUGAGAAUGAAAGGCUCCGAAGCGAUCUUGCAAAGCUCCAUGUCAACGGGAAAGCAGCAUGGCCUAAUCAGAGCAGCUAUGAUGAAGCAGAAGCAUAUGCCUACCAGAGCCAGCUGAAGAUGGAGACCAGUGGAGACAGAAUUAGCCAAGACUGUGAGCUGAACAGAUGCCCAACACCACCGAUACCACCUUUGCCAUUUCAGACCAAAGAAAUGAUAAGCUCCUUGGUUAGUGACGAUGAAGUCUUCCCUCUGUCUCCACCAGAUGUAUCCUUCCCAGCUUCCCUGGCUACACAACGCUUCCUGAUGGAAGAAGAGAGACGGGCCAAGGAGCUUGAGAAGCUGCUCAACACACACAUCGACGAGCUGCAGAGACACACCGAGUUCACGCUUAACAAAUACACCAAGUUCAAGCAGAACAGACACAUAUGA